AUGCAGGAUUGGAGCGUGCAUUUACAGACAUUGAAGGAUGGCAACCGGGUCAAAGCCGUGGCGUUCUCGCAUGACGGCGGGCUCGUGGCGUCGGCGUCGCACGACGAGACCGUCCGGCUCUGGGAUGCAGCCACUGACACGCUGCGGUCGACGCUGAUGGACCAUACUGAUUGGGUCAUGGACGUGGCGUUCUCGCAUGACGGCGGGCUCGUGGCGUCGGCGUCGCGCGACGGGACCGUCCGGGUCUGGGAUACGGCCGUAGAAGCGGCCACAGACACUCCAAGGCCAGAGCUCUACAUGCCUCCAAUCGACCCGAAUCUACGCUCAAUCGCCUUCUCUUCCUGUGACAUCCAUCUCAAGACUGAUCGUGGAGUGAUUCUGCUGCCCCAUUCGCUCUCCGCGACUAUCUCAUCUACAGCGAACGUCUCCAAUCCUUGUCUCUUUGCUCGAGGCCCCUGGAUCCAGCUCGACGGCCACGAUCUUAUCGCCAUCCCUCCCGACUACCAAGACCAGAUCUUGUUUGUGUCUGGUGCGCUGAUCGUAUUUCACAACGGUGGUGCCACGAAUGCCUCUCUGACGUUGUCUCGUCGCGUGAUUACGAGUCUGCUUGGUAGUAUUGUCGCGUCGCCGAGUAGCUAA